AUGGACUCUAGCACUCCUCGACGUCCGCGCGCUCCCACAAUCACCGUCGAUACUGCGGCUGUCGACUCCUCAGACGAUCCCGACGACACAAACACUCUCGCCGUACCAACCGUCAAAUCCAGAGCCGAAUCAUGGUCCUCCUCGCCCUCCACAAAAGUCGGCACCGAUCAUGAACAAAUGUCUCGCGAGGUAGAAGCCCUAAGAAAAGGCGACCAGGCCGAAAUUCUCAAGCCCGACCCCGGCGAGGAAGACCUGUUCCGCGUGGAAAAUAACCCGUUCGCUUUCUCGCCAGGUCAAUUGGCAAAACUCAUUAAUCCAAAGAACUUGGCCGCGUUUGUUGCGCUCGGUGGUCUACCCGGUCUGCAGAAGGGUUUGAGGACUGAUGCUAAGGCUGGGUUGAGUGUUGAUGAGGGGAAGCUUGCGGGUGCAGUGUCUUUUGAGGAAGCGACUUCUUCAAAGGUUGAGGAGGCGAGUCAUGGUGAUGCGGCGCAUGCUUCGGGAAAAGAUGCGUUUCCUGAUCGGAAACGAGUAUACGGCACGAAUCGUCUCCCGGAACCAAAGUCAAAGUCGUUUCUUGAACUAGCUUGGAUCGCGCUGCAAGACCGCGUGCUCAUCCUUCUCUGCAUCGCAGCCGUGGUGUCCCUCGCGCUAGGUCUCUACCAAACCUUUGGAGGAUCACAUGAAGACGGCGGCGCAAAAGUCGAAUGGGUCGAAGGUGUCGCCAUCAUCGUCGCCAUCACAAUCGUCGUGGUGGUAGGCGCAGCAAACGACUGGCAAAAAGAGCGGCAAUUCCAGAAACUCAACCAAAAGAAGGAAGACCGCAUCGUCAAGAUAACACGCUCCGGAAAACCGCAAAACAUCUCUAUUCACGAUGUCCUCGUCGGCGAUGUCAUGCUUCUCGAGCCAGGUGAUGUUAUUCCUGUUGAUGGUGUUUUUAUCGAGGGUCAUAAUCUCAGCUGUGAUGAGAGUUCGGCGACGGGUGAGUCGGAUCUUAUUAAGAAGGUACCUGCUGAGCAGGUUCUUCAUGCGCUGCUGCACGAGCAGGCGCCACAGUUGAAGAAGCUUGAUCCGUUUAUCAUCUCUGGUGCAAAGGUGCUUGAUGGUGUAGGCACGUUUCUUGUUACGGCGGUGGGAGAGCAGAGUAGUCAUGGAAAGACGAUGAUGUCGCUUCGUGAUGAUCCGGGAUUGACGCCUCUUCAAGCAAAGCUCAAUCUCCUCGCAGGAUACAUUGCAAAGCUUGGUAGCGCAGCUGGUCUCCUCCUCUUCUUCGUCCUCCUCAUCGAAUUCCUCGCCAAACUGCCCAACAACCGCGAAUCAGGCGAGCAAAAAGGCCAAGACUUCUUACAGAUCCUCAUCACCUCCAUCACCGUCAUCGUCGUCGCCGUCCCAGAAGGUCUCCCCCUCGCAGUAACGCUCUCCCUCGCUUUCGCGACCAAGAAGAUGACGCGCGAGAAUAACCUGGUGCGACAUCUUCAAUCGUGCGAGACUAUGGGUAACGCCACGGUCAUCUGCUCCGACAAGACUGGUACCCUCACCGAGAACAUUAUGACCGUUGUUGCAGGCUCACUGGGCAUUCGUGGACUCUUUUCUUUUGGCGAUUCGUCAUUUGAGCAGGAGGCUGCUGGUGCUGAGAAGAGAGAGACGAUUGCGCUGGCUCAGUUUGCGAACAAGCUUGAUCCUGAGUACAAGGAACUUCUCAAGACUGCCAUAUGCGUCAACACCACGGCUUUUGAGUCCGAUGAAGAAGGAAAGCAAGGCUUCGUCGGCACAAAGACUGAGACUGCUCUUCUGGACUGGGCCCGUCGGUAUCUCGGUCUCGGCCCCCUCGCAAUCGAACGCGCCAACCAUCCCAUCACACGUCUCUUCCCCUUCAACUCCCAGCGCAAAUGCAUGGGCGCCGUCGUCCAAAUCCCCGGUCCGACAAAGGACAAGCCCAAGUACAGACUCUACAUCAAGGGCGCUUCCGAGAUUGUUCUCGGCGAAUGUACCACCAUCCUCGGCGACCCUACAACUUCACCCUUUACCGAAGCCCUCUCCGACGAUGGAAAAGAGGAACUGCGAUCGAUCAUCUUCAGCUACGCGACAAACUCUCUUAGAACUCUGGGUCUGGCGUACCGCGACUUUGAGAACUGGCCUCCUGUCCUUACCCUCCGCCCCGAAGACGAUAACGCUGAUAUCGAUCUGACUGAUCUGGUGCAUAACCUCACAUGGAUGGGCGUGGUAGGUAUCCAGGACCCUGUGCGCAAGGGCGUUCCCGAGGCUGUAAACGACUGCGGUAUUGCUUCUGUGAAUGUCAAGAUGGUCACGGGUGACAACGUCGAGACCGCGCGCGCCAUCGCCCUCAACUGCGGUAUCCUCACCGAAAGCACAAUCAACGAGCCCAACGCCGUGAUGCAGGGCUCUGACUUCCGCAAGCUCUCUGAAUCAGACCGCACAGCAGUUGUGAAGCAACUCCGUGUGCUCGCGCGAUCGAGUCCAGAGGAUAAACGCAUCCUCGUCAAGACGCUACGAUCGCUCGGUGAGAUCGUCGCUGUUACAGGCGAUGGAACAAACGAUGCUCCUGCGCUCAAGGCAGCGGAUGUUGGUUUCUCUAUGGGUAUCACUGGUACAGAAGUCGCCAAGGAGGCAUCAGAUAUUAUCCUCAUGGACGAUAACUUCUCAUCUAUCGUUGUGGCUUUGGGCUGGGGUCGUGCUAUUAACGACUCCGUUAAGAAGUUCUUGCAGUUCCAGCUUACCGUUAACAUUACAGCCGUCGGUGUAACAUUCAUCUCAGCUGUGUCCGACGACGAGCAGAAAUCCGUUCUCAACGCUGUGCAACUCCUCUGGGUCAACCUCAUCAUGGAUACUUUCGCCGCUCUCGCUCUCGCCACCGAUCCUCCCACCGGAAGUCUUUUGCACCGCGAACCCGAAGCUCGAACUGCACCGCUUAUUACGAUCACUAUGUGGAAGAUGAUCAUCGGCCAAUCGAUUUACCAGCUCAUCGUGUGUUUUGUCCUCUGGUUCGGUCGCGAUUCAAUCCUCGGCUAUGAAGAACGCGAAGUCCGAUCACUCAUCUUCAACAUCUUUGUGUUUAUGCAGAUCUUUAAGCUCGUUAACAGUCGACGUAUCGAUAACAAGCUCAACAUCUUUGAGGGUCUGCACCGCAACCAUUUGUUCAUGCUCAUGAUGACCAUCAUGGCCGCCGGGCAAAUCAUCAUCAUCUUCUUCGGCAGCGACGCUUUCGUGGUGACACGCUUGAACGGUGUCCAGUGGGGAAUCUCUCUCGUGCUUGGCUUCUUCUCAAUCCCCAUCGGUGUACUCAUUCGUUUGUUCCCCGACGAGUGGUUCCACGCGUUCGUCAAGGUUCUCGCUAAGCUGUGGCCAAGCUGGAUCCGCUUCUCGCGCAAGAAGAAGGACACCUCUGAGGAAGAGGGCACUGAGCCGUUUCCCAAGGAGAAGCUGGAGGGGUAUGAUAUGGACACCGCACUCCUCGGCAUUCGCGACGAUCUCGAGUUCUUGAAGCGUGUUCGUGGCGGACGCAUGACGGCGUUGAGCGAUGCCAUGGCUCGUUCGCGCGAGAAGAUGCUUCGACGUAAGAGAUCCGAGUCUCGACCUCGAAGCAAGCUCCGCAGUCGCCGCGGUUCAUCGCGAUCCUCAAACAGACCGCCCAUCUCACCGAUGAUGUCGGUCGUCGGUAUGCCGGGUAUUGUAGCUGCGAGUGUAGCGGGAUUACAGCCUGGACAGGGUGCUAGUAAUGAGAACCUCGAUGCGCGACAGGCGUGA